UGUUUGCCUGUCUCACUCGUCUCUCUCUUCUCUCUCUCUCUCUCUCUCUCUUAUUCUGUCAGUCAGUCUCUCCCCUGCUUCGCUCACUCUCUACAUCUCUCCUCCCCCCGCAGAAUCAAAGUUCAAAGCUUUUUCUUCAUCCAGACAGUUUGUGGAGAACAAUUACCAAUUUGAUCACGAGCUGUUAAUAUUCAUUAUGGCCUGCACAACAAACAAAGGCCUAAAGAGAGGCUUAAGAUUGAUUGACUGCUUCAAUUAUCACGAGUCUCUUAAAUGGAUCUUUUUAGUGCCCAAUUUACAACAUCGUCUCUCCUUCUAUUCCUCCACAUCAAGAAUAUUCAUCAGCUCAAAUAUUUUGUAUAAAGGGAGGAACAAAAUAACGUCAAUACCAAGAGUACUUCCCCAGGACACACGUUCUAAUUUUCGUAUCUUAUGCAAACCGAGUUUAUACAGUACUGCUUUUGUAAAGCCUUGUGCUUACAUUGAUUUGAUGGUGAAGUCAAAAAGUAGUAUUAUGAAGAUGCAAGAUAAUUUGGAGGGUUUUUUAACUUCCGAACUUCCCUUUCAUCCAAAACUUAUUCGAGGGCAGUUGAAAAAUGGGUUGCGUUAUUGUAUUUUGCAACACAAAAGACACCCAAACAGGUUUGAAGCACACCUAGAAGUUCAUGUGGGGCCAGUGCAUGAAGAGGAUGAUGAACAAGGCCUUGCACAUAUGACUGAACAUGUUCUUCUUGACUGUGAUAGCUUUUUUCAACUUCCCGGGCCAGAUUCUGGGAAAGCAGCAUAUACUAGUUUCAACCAAACGGUUUAUCACAUCACUUCACAAACCAUAUUGGAGCAUUUUAAUGAAGAUCUACCUGAUGAAGAUCUUGUUCCCUACGUCCUCAAUUAUUUAAAUGAGAUAGCUUUCAAGCCAAAGAUCCGAGCUUCUUAUCUUGAAAAGCAACGAGACAUUGUGCUUUCAGAAUUACAAAUGGGGGAUGCAAUUGAUCAUCGUAUUGAACUCCAGGCAGCCUUUGGAAAAUCUAACAAGAGAUCAUCUGCAAUGUUAAAAAAUAGAAGACCGGAUCAUCCUAUUCGGCCUCUAUUAACAAUAUACCAUAAUUGGUCCCUCCCUAAAUGCAACAUAGAUGAUCAAAGGCCUCCAGUACAAAUUUUCCAGCACAACCUCAUUCACAACUUUUCCUUUCAUAUUUGCUCAAAGAUUCCACUGAAUAAGUUAAAAACAUACGGUGACUUACGGAAUUUUGUAAUGAAGCAAAUAUAUCUAUCUAUUUUGGAUUUCCGAAUUAAUGCAAAAUACGAGAGUUCAAAUUCAUCGUCAAGAAUAAUGGAAUUAAACCAUUGGGAUUUUGGUCAAUUCGGAUGUGCCUGUACUAGUCUUGCUAUGGCAAGUGAGCCACGAGAUUGGGAAACUACAAUAAAAAUGGCUUUUCACGAGGUUCGAAGGCUAAAAGAGUUGGGGAUUAACUACGAAGAGCUUACUAUUCACAAGGAUGCAAUUGUGAAAGAUAAUACAAUUCUUAGACGCGUGCUUGAUAACACUUCGUCUCACGACGCCGUUAAGUUUAUCAUGUAUAAUGACACACUUGGCCACACUACAAUGGAGCAAAGGGAAGCAGAUGAAAGUUUAGCAGCUGUUGCUACAACAAUUACACUGGAAGAGGUAAAUUCUAUUGGCGCCCAAUUGUUAGAGUUUGUUUCCGAUUUUGGAAAGCCUAGUGCACCUGUUCCCACAACAAUCAUGGCAUGUGCUCCAAGCACUUGUGAGGUGAAUGGAGAACUAAUCAAGUUCACCAUAAAUCGUAGCGAGAUUGAAUUUGCUAUGAAACAAGGAUUAGAGGAGGUUGUUCAUGCUGAACCUGAGAUUGAGAUUCCAACAGAGUUAAUAUCUUCAUCAGAAUUACAAGAAUUAUGGCUAGAGCGCCAACCAACCUUCAUUCCUCCAAUCAGUUCAAAGCCAAAUGUGAUGAAACUUCAUGAUAAGGGAACCGAUACAACUCAACUUCGUCUUUCAAAUGGAAUUUCUGUUAAUUAUAAGAUUUCAAAAAAUGAAGGUGAAGAAGGUGUAAUACGAGUUAUAAUAGAUGGUGGAAGAGCACGUGAAAGUUCAGAUUUAAAGGGAGCUAUUGUUGUCGGUGUUCAAACUCUUUUUGAAGGUGGUUGUGUUGGUAACUUUACCAAGGAACAGGUAAAACUCUUUUGUUUGAAAAAUAUGAUUGAUUAUUCCUUGGAGUCCACCGAAGAAUUUAUUUCAGUGGAGUUGAGCUUUACAACAAGAGAAAAUGGGAUGCAAGCAGCUUUCCAAUUGCUUCAUAUGUUACUUGAGCAAAGUGUUUGGUUAGAAGAUGCAUUUGAUAGAGCAAGGCAGUUACACUUCUCAAAAUUUCAAUCCAAUUUGAAGAGUUUAGAGCAAUCCACCACUCGCAAAAUGAUGUUAGACAUGUUGGGUGGAGAUGAACGAUUUGUCAAGCCAACACAAAUAUCAUUACAAAAUUUAACUUUGCAAUCUGUCAAGGAUGCAGUGUUAAACCAAUUUAGGGGAAAUAACAUGGAGGUAAGUAUAGUGGGAGACUUCUGUGAGGAAGAUAUAGACUCUUUUAUUAUUCACUAUUUAGGUACAGUUAAAGCUACGAGAAAUUUCAAGAUUGAGGUGCCUCAAUAUAAUCCAAUUAAGUACGGCGCUUCUACAUCCCAUAUGCAAUCACAAUCACAAGUCUAUUUAAAGGAUACUAAAGAGAGAUCAUAUGCAUGUGUCGCUGGCCUUACACCGAAUAUGUGGGGGUUCACCAUUGAUGGAAAGCACUAUCUUAAGUCGAAGUUCAUCGAGGGGCCGAGUUUGCAUAACAAACUUCGUGGCCAUCCGCUUUUCUUUGGCAUCACGAUGGAGUACUUGACUUACAUUUUAGACUCUAUAAUCGGUGCAAAUAUAAACGCUUCUAGUUUGUCAUAUGAAGCAACAUUCAAUACACGCUUAUUUGAUAAGCUAAAUCUUGGAUGGUAUAUGAUUUCUAUAACAUCAACUCCUUCUAAGGUUCAUGAAUCUGUUGAUGUAUGCAAGAAAGUUCUUAAAGGUUUUCGUCACCAUAUGUUUUCUGAAGGAUAUUGUAUGGUCGAGGAUUUUUCAAUGGUUAGAAGAGUUAUGCUGAGCAGACACGAAGAUGAAAUCAAGUCAAAUGCCUAUUGGCUGAAUUUACUAUGCCAUAUGCAACCUUCUUCUCUUCCAAGGAAGGACAUUUCAUGUUUCAAAGAUCUUGCAUCCUUGUAUGAAGUUGUCAAUAUGGAGGACAUAUUUUUUUGCAUACGAUCAGUUAAAAGUUAAUGAUGAUUCUAUUUAUUCAUGCAUAGGAAUAUCCAGGUAGUUUGAAAUGACUAGUAAAUCCGUGACGUUUUAUAUUACGUAGCUAU